UCUCCCGCCGCCCCGCCGAUCUCCCUUCCCUCUUGUAACGACUCGACGCGGCGGAGCCGGGCUUCGGGAGACACUUCGUUCGUAUCUAUCAACGAUGGCUGCUGUAUUGACCAUGAUCCGGGCCUCUGGAGCCCUCAAAUCCCCUUGCCUGAAGCAUGUCACGUCUAGGUCCCUAUCUACGACUACACCAUGUAAUAAAGAUAGCAAUGAAGGUUGGUUCUCCAAACUGCUUGUUCGUCGCAUUGAACCAACCAAAGAACCCCAUUCAAGGAUGUUAGCUGACAAAGAAGAAAUUUACGAACUUCAAACUCAUAACAUUCGGCCUGAUUCUACAGACAAAUAUCUUAAAAAUUGUAAAGAGAAUGCAGCCUUGAUAACUUCUCGUCCUGAGUUAAACUGUGAACUUGUUGCAUCUUGGACUGUCUCUGUUGGUGACAUGGAUCAAGCUUUGCAUCUUUGGCGUUAUACUGGUGGAUUUAACUCUGUAGACAAAACUAAACUCAUCCUUGGCAAAGACGAAAGCUUUUUAAAACUCCAGAAAGAGAGGGGAAGUUAUUUACGGUCCCGGCAUCUCCAAUUUCUACUUGCUUUCAAUUUCUGGCCUACUAUUGAGUCAAGGAAAGGAAACAACAUUUAUGAAAUCCGGAGCUACAGUCUGAAACCUGGAACAAUGAUUGAGUGGGGUAACAAUUGGGCUCGAGGGUUGAAAUUCCGAAGAAAUAAUAAUGAAGCAUUUGCUGGGUUCAUGUCACAAGUUGGAAGACUGAAUAAUGUUCAUCAUAUAUGGUGUUAUGAAAGCCUGUAUCAGAGAAAGGAGACACGAGAGUCAGCAUGGCGGAAUCCUGGUUGGGAUGAAUGUGUUGCAUACACUGUUCCAUUAAUUCGAGAAAUGCAUUCCCGGAUCCUAGUCCCAACUGAAUUCAGUCCUACUCAGUAAUUUUGCCAUAUAUGAUCUGAUAUUUCCCUAAUGAAGAGAGUGAAAAAGGGUCUAUGAGAUUUUUCUUGUACGUGGAAUAAUGGGAAAAGAUACUUCAAUACAAAUAAUAUUCGAAUGAAAACUGUAAAAACAUUAAAAAAUUAGUUACCUCAUUUCCAUUUGACAUUUGGCUGUUUGUGAUAUUCUGGUAUUUGUUUCCCUUUAAUCUGCAUUCUAGGAAAACACCUAGUUUAUGUAAUAACCUUGAAUUUCAAAUGCAUGAUUACUUUUUCUCACUACACAAUCUAAAAUGUCAUGUUUCUAGUCUCUCAUUUUUAUGUUUCAUUGGACUUGAAUUGUGAGUUUACUCAAGGGUUUGUGAGUUAAUGUCCGUUUUCAAACAGCCCCUUUUAUCCCCUACAUUUCUGUUUGAAAAACAGUCAAGGCUCUUUAGUAAGAAUUUUACUUAUUUUUGCAUAUUUUAUGUUUGGUUUCAAUUAUUUUGUUAUGAAGGUGUCCUCACAUCUUCUACUGCUAGAACCUUUUUUUUUCUGAUGGAAGUUGAAAUUGAAGCUUAACAUGCAUUUUCACAUUGUGAUCUAGUGCCGCUGUUCAUACUUGAGCAAUGUAUUUUUCUGUCAUUUUAUAGGGUUUUGUUCUUUUGUUUUUGUUAUAUUUUAAUCUUAUUUUCUCAGGCUUGCUUUGCCUUGCCUAACUUUUUUUUAUUUUGAGGAUAUUCAUUUGUAUUGUGCUAAGCAUCUAUCAUGAUUUAGAAGUUUUGUUAUUGUUGUAAGGCAUUCAUUUCAAGAAUGUAUAUUGCCCCCUUAUUUUAUAAGGUACUUGCUAAUGAAAUAUUAAUCAGGGAAUAAAUUGUGAUAAACUUAACUAUAAAUGAUGUUGUUUAAUUAACUUCAUUAGGUUGGAAGGCAAAGUGGAAUCAAUUUCUGUUUGAAAGGAGGCAUGGGCAUGACACAAUUGAGCAGUUUCUUUAUUUAUUCCAUCGUUGACAUAUAUUUGAAAAUAAACAGCAGUUUUGAAACAGUUCCAUUAUAAUUUAGACUAUUUUGGUUCUCUACUUUUGUCGUACAGUUCACUUGAGUUAUCACAAGUUUGUAAAAGUUAUUAUUUUUGUGCAUUAUUAAUUAAAUUAUCUUACAUAAAGAA